GUUAUGAAGAGUGCGCGCCGUGGACAUCAAGAUGGCCGCUACGUACAUCUGAUGAUAGUUAUACGUAUUCGUAAAAGUCGUGACGGCGUUUCGUGAUAGAGGUGCCGCGCUUUUUCGAGGUUUCGAGAUGGUGAGAGUGUAUAGUUAGUUGGAUCUUUAUCGAUGAGGAUUUGCUCGUUUACCCUCAAUGGUAUUUUCUGCAUCCGCGGCCGGCUACGGCUCGCAUUGAACCAUGUUCGGUAAAAAACUUCAUGUAGACGUCAAAAAGUCAACACUCAAAGUUCAGGAUGUUAAAAAGGACAGUGCGACCCGAUUUAAACAUCUUAAAAUUGUUCUAGAAAAUGUGGAUACGGAUGAAGCGAAAGGCUUUUUUGAAGGGAAUUUUAGUCAUGUUUAUUUUAUAUUAUACGACUGCUUUGUAUCUGCUGAGGCCAAUCUACGACAGCGUGAACUUUCUUUUCAUAUUGUACACAAGGCACAUAGAGAGGAAUUAGAACAAGUAUUACACCUACUAGAAAAAGUUUUAACUCUUCUUCCUGAACUUUUAAAUAGACGAUGGCAAUGUCAUAGUCUUGCAAGAAUUCUACAAAAGUUAUUACACCCUGGAAAUAGUUGGAAACUUCGUAGGCAGGCCAUAAGGUAUUUUAUUUUAUGGUACCAAGCACUGGGUGAAAAUGCUCCUGAACAUAUCCAUCAAAUGUUUGCCUGUUUGGUCCCAGGCUUUCCACCACCACAGUCUUUGCACUAUAAGUGUGAACGUAAAAUUGAUAACAAAAAAGAUAAAUCAACGAGAACAAGCACAUCUGAUGAGAAAGAGAAAAGAGACUUUUAUGAUGCACAAGUGAUACAGAGUAUUUUUCAUGAUAAUGGUUCAAAUCAGGGUCCAAUAAGUCAGGUAGAUGGUGGACCUAUUUUACCUCCGCAAGGAGGAGAAAAGCCAUUAGACAAUGAGACUGUUAGAUUUUUAGAAGCAUUAUUGGAGUUCAUGGUGACACAGGUAGUCAAAAUAGAAUGGAGAGAUAAAACAACGAGGCAGCACAAGACAUUUCAAUUUUUAUUAGAACGCUUUAAAGCAACUUACCUCCGUUAUAUAUGUCCAGAAUUUGAUGACAAUUUUUCUUUAUAUAAGCCUAAUUUAGAAUUGCCUACAGUGAGAAAACCAACUAAUCAAAGUCAGAAUAAUUACGUUCUCUGUAAAGUCGCAUUAAUCAAAUGGAUUGCGAACUUUACUCAUGUUGCAAGAAAAGAUAGUCUUUUUACACAUCUCCCACAAAGCACAACACCCAAUGAAGAAAAUCCAGAGUCAGAACUGCGUCGCGUUUCAGUUACACAACAUUCGAGUGAUUCGAAUUUACUUUCACCUGAAUCUACACUCUCUCAACAUGAUAAUCAAAAUCAAGAAGAUAACACUAUAUCAGCUGUUACUUUAGUCAGAGAAGUUCUCUAUGGAAAUAGAGAUAAUGUUAAUUUUGUUCAUGAACUUUAUAGACAAGCAUUUCUCUUAGAUUUCAGUCAUGCAGGAGCAAUAAGGAAAGCUAUAGCUGUAUAUAAGGAUUGGAUACAAAUGAAUGAAUUACCUCCAUUUAUGUUAGAACCUUUGGAUGGACAUAAAGAACGAGACUAUGACGAUAGUCUGAAAAAAGAAUCUAAUGAGACAGAUAAAAGUCCAUCCGAAAAUUAUCGACAACCUAGAUUGAGAAAUGAUUCAUAUUUAGGUGCUAUACAUAGGGAAAAUUUGUUUAUAAGAGCAGGAUUACAAAAUGUACUGCAAGUAUUUAUUACACAAGCAUCACACGUUUUUUUCCUUGAAUAUUCAGGUUUAAAUUCAACUGCAGCUUUAAUAGAAGAACAAACUGAUAGUUGUAAACGAGUUUUGAAUGUUUAUCGAUAUGUUGUCAUGCAUUCAAGAUUGGAGCCUGCAACGUGGGAGCAAUUGCUUAGAGUACUGCUUCAAAUUACGUCGUUAGUACUGAGUGAAAAUUCAUCUCGCCGCAAACACCAUGAAACAAUUGGUGGCAAAUUAGCACCUGCUAUAUUUCAAACUUUGAUUGUUACUUGGAUAAAAGCCAAUUUAAAUGUGGUCAUAUCUACCCAUCUUUGGGAUCAGUUUCUAGAAGUACUAUCUUCUUUGACACAAUGGGAAGAAUUAAUUCGAGAAUGGGCAAAAACAUUGGAUACUUUAACACGAGUACUCGCAAGGCAUGUAUAUAACUUAGAUUUAAAUGAUCUACCAUUAGAUAGAUUAAGUGAACAAAAAACAAAAAGACGUCGUGGAGUUGGAAGUCGUGCUGCAUCGAUAGGAAGUGUUCAGCCACCAUGUAAAGGAAGUAUUGAUCAAGAGAGUAAUACUACAUCAAAAGAAAAUGUAACAGACCAUCCAUUACGAGAUUUAAGAAAAGGUCGAUUAUUACCACGCAGUGCAAGCGAUAACACUAUUUAUAAUGGAAAAGCUCGUACGAAGUUUCACAGAAGUCGUACUCAUACUGUACAUACUGGGGUUCCUGUACUUCCCCUAUCUAUAGAGCAAGAUAUGGCACGAUUACUAUCAAGUGGUCCUACAUCAUCAAUAACUGGAAAAAUGCUACCAAACAGACGUGCUAAAUCAUUGGAUAGCAUUGUCAUAGUUGAUAGUGAACCACCAUCUCCACGUUGUCCCUCUCCAACACCAAGCAGUGGCGUUGACAGCAAUAAAGAUAGUCCAAUACAAAUAGAGAACAUUGAUGGCAGCAGUAUUGAUACAAAUGAUAUAACAGAAAGAAGAUCUGUUAUGGCAGGUGGAGGAGUACGAGGAUGGUUGCCAGAUGUUGCUGUCGUAUUAUGGAGGCGAAUGUUAUCUGCUUUGGGAGAUGUAAAUAAUAUUCAAGAUCCAAUAUUACAUGGUCAAGUUAUGGAUUAUCUCGUACAACUUACACAAACUCUUAUAAAGAUUCGUUUAAAUCAAGGUGUCUCUGGAGAUAAUCAAGUAACACCUCCUGCUCCAGAACUUAUUCCACCUCUAACAGUUAUAGCUCCAUGGUGUUUUAAGGCAAUACAGUUACCAGCUCAAUAUGAAGUAGGCAAAUUAGCCGCAUAUCGCCUUAUAUGUCUUUUAACUGUCCAACCUUUGGAUAUAAAUUUACCGAAACAGCAUUUGAAUCUUUUUUAUCGUGCUGUUCAUAAUGGGAUUGCUAGCAACGAUAGUAAAGUACUCCAUGUAUUAGUCAAAUAUACUGGGCCUCGAUUAUUUAGUUUAAAUCUACCUGGUUCUAGUCUUCUUAUUUUGGAUUAUAUACAUGCCGCUAAUGUAAUACUAAGUAGUCAAGAUGUCGAGGCACCCAGAACGGAAGCUGUCUCUAUAAUCGGUUCGUUAUUAUCAUUACCUGCAACAAUAGCUAAAUUGCCUGUGCUGCAACCAAAUGGAUCUGAUAUUCUAACAAUAGUAUGCCCCGAUGCAAAGGAACAUGUAGUGAAUAUUCUUUUGAGAAGCUGUAGACGCGAACCAACUGGCAUAGCAAGAUGUUUAGCCCUUUCUAGCAUAGCCAUGUUUGCGUACAGAGAAUUAUCUUGUAAAAAUCAACAUCCACGAAUUCCAGAGGCUGUUACUGUUCUUCUUCUUGCACUUAGGGCUACACAUGUGACAGUUGCUCAGGUAGCAUGCGAUUCCCUUUUACUUUUGUGCGACAAGGCAGACACUUUAUUGGAGUUAUAUCCUAAUGUGCCAUGCAAAAUUACACAUGUUCUUUCAGAGACACUUGGACGUAUGACUCUACGAGAAAGGCGUGGCCCAUUAACUAUAUCAAUGAUAUUUUGUUUAGGAGAAUGGGCUAUGAAUUUGGGUCCAACUGUAUUGUUACGUAUAUAUCAGGGAAAACCACUUUUAAUGACAUUAUUCACAGUUUUAGAUAACAUAGCACAAAAUAAAGGAGGAAAAGAUCCACCAAAAACUAAUAAAUGUCACCAAGAUGAAGAUGAAGAUUUUGAUCCCGACAUUACCUUAGAUAACUUAACGGAUGAAGUAUGCGCAAAGUCUCCUCAUCGUGGUAACGUUCAUUCGGUUCAGCUUGCAGCGAAAAUGGUAAUGAUGCAUUUGAUCAAUCAUCUGGGUCAUUUUCCAAUGGGUAUUGGUGCAGCUCGUCUUUCGUCGUUAGUUGUUGAAUUGGAUGAUGUACCAGGAAUUGAAGGAGACGAGCUUUCUUCUGCAAUCUUUCAAGCACCAAAUAUACAAUUAUUAAUGCUUUCCAAUUCAAUUAUAAUGUCUCUUGUUGAAUUAGCUGCACUUGAUGCACCCGGAGGAGGUGUUACAGCUGGCUUAACGACAGCUCCUUCUUUAGUAAGAGUUUUAUUACGAGAUUUAGCAGGGAAAGCAUCUUGGGAUAGUUCCAUUUUGUACAGUCAACCCUUUAUUGACGACGAAUUUCAAACACCGUUUGCAAAAUCAGUUGAUUGGGAUAUAAAAUCUCAUAAGGAAGAAUUGAAUAGUGUUAUAACGCAGCAGAGCUGCGCUUCGAGACACACUAUAAGGCAUCGCGAGCCUCAUAUUUUGCCAACAUUUGCAAACGGUGCAAGUGAUAUGGACAAUUUAGAUGAUCUUCUUCAAUAUAUAGGACAUACGAGUCCUGAAGUUUUAUGUAAUCCGGAGAUAGCAUUAAAUGCACCUGCUAAUCCACCGCAUGGAUUGUAUCUUGAAAGUGAAACUAUUGCAACUAUUUUAAAUCAACGAAAUGCAGAGCAAGAACAUCUUAAUAAUUGGAGUCAACAUAUUAGUAUGUGUGCGACACCAAUUAGUCCACCAACGUGCCGCCAACCACCAGCACCGUUUCAUCACUGCCGACUUCUAUUUUCUCAUUUGGGCCUGUCUGGUUGGGAACAACGGAGAAAGUUACAUUUGCUUACUAAAAAUGAAAAACUUCUACGUGAAUUACGAAAUCUUGAUAGUCAACGUUCUAGAGAGACACAUAAGAUCGCAGUGAUCUAUGUUAGUCAGGGACAAGAAGAUAAAAACUCCAUAUUAAGCAAUGUCGCAGCUAGUAAGGAGUAUGAAAAUUUUGUAGCCAGGUUAGCUUGGGAAGUUGAACUCGAAUCACAUACAGGUUUUCUUGGGGGUCUUGUGCCUGGAAAAGCAUCUGGUGUAACUGCACCUUAUUUUGCAACAUCUUUCACCGAAGUUCUCUUUCAUGUAGCAACAAGAAUGCCAUCCGAUAGUCCAGAAAGUUUAUUACAAAAGACACGACAUCUUGGCAACGACGAAGUUCAUAUCGUUUGGUCAGAACAUUGGAGAGAUUAUCGUAGAGAUAUCAUACCGACCGAAUUUUGUGAUGUUUUAAUAGUUAUUUAUCCAUUGCACAAUAAGUUAUAUAGAAUACAAAUUUCUAGAAAACCAGAAAUACCAUUUUUUGGUCCAUUGUUUGAUGAAUGUAUUGUUGAAGACAAAGUUCUCCCUGGUUUGGUUAGAACCACAGCUUUAGCUGCGAGUAGAGCCAAGAGAUCAACACUUACAUUAUAUCAACAUUAUUACGAGGAACGGGCACGAUCUAUCGAUACUGUAAUGAGGAAUCAUAAAGAAUCUACAACUUUUGAAGAGUUCACUGCAAAUGUCUAUUCUCCGGUACAACCAGCAAGUCCAUUCAGUGGAACGUCUUCUGUAUCUGGAUCUACAACAAGCGUGCAAUCCACAGCAUCGUCAAACCUUGCGGCGGCACUUAUAGAUUCGCAUCAGGGUCGUUCUGGUCUACGCAGUACUUCGGCAACAAGCAAUGAUACUCGUGCAAAUAGAGCUUCUGAUGGAAGCAGAGUAUGGUUCAGUAGUGAUGCUCAGGAAAAUACUGCUUUGCAUGGAAUUUCACCAAGACCUGUUAAAAAGAUGUCUUUCAAAAGCGGGCCAAAGCAGAGAACAAAUACACAGCCUACACCGCCGGACAGUCCAAGAUACAAAUAAUUCGACAUUAAUUUUCUAAGAAGAAUGUUUGCACAAUGGGUGGUUUAGGUAUGUCUUUUAAGUUCUAUUCUAUUGUGAUGGAAAUUUUCAAAUUAAUAUAGAUAAUAGAGAGUAAUAUAGGAUGGUGUCUAGUAACAAAAAAAUGUUCAAGAAAUUUUUCAUAUUUAGCACAUCUAUCGGAUAUAAUGUAACACUUAAUAAUUACACUGAACUUGAAUAUUUUACUUCAUUGGAAUUGAACAUCUGAUUAGGUUUAAUGUUUUCUGUUUUCCGUCCUUAGAUUUAAUUUUCACAUACUAGUUGUACAGAUUAUUGCUUAUUUGUUGCAACGUAAAUAUUAAUUUAUUACAGUAUAAUUUCAUAGAAAAAUAUAUUGUAUCAUAGAUAUAACGAUAAGUAUAUUUUCUUUAAAUAUUUACUAGCUUAACGUUCGAGCUGGAAUAAUUGUACAGUAAUUUACUCAAAUUGAUUUGAUUGACUAUUUGAAAUAAGCAAGUUAUAUAAAGAAUAUACAUAUUAAGUGAACAUGUUUUCAUACAGUGUAGAUCUUUUAUUGCAUUUCAAGUAACAAUGUGAAAUACUUGAAAAAAUACUUGAAAAAAUCUAAUAUGACAAUAUGUAGUUUUGGGAUAAUUAUUUAAUUUCUUAGAAAAUUUCGCUACAAGUAAAUAAUAUAGUUUUAUUUAAAAAAAUAAUAGAUUGUAACAUUUUAUUUAUGAAAAUGAUAUUAUUGUUUCACCAUUAGCAAAAUGUUUUUAGAUUUUGUUCUAAAGUGAAAUUCUAUAAAGAUUUAUUCAUUAAUUAUUAUUCAUUCAGUAAUUUACUCGAAACAACUCGUACAUUCCAUGAAUGUCUUUUUUUUUUUGGCGUUUGCACUUCUUAUUUUCAUAUGCAUUUUGAAUAUUAGCACUCUUAAAUAUUGCAUUCCAGUUUCUUUUUGUACGACUUAAUAAAAUUGAAUUAACUUUCAUGUAUUUCAACGAAAUACAUUUUUAGAAAAUUAUUGCCUAGAGCAAAGUGUUGGUAGUAUGAAAAGCUGUUUACAAAAUAUAUUUUUUUUCAUACCAAAGUCAGAGGUGCUUAAUUUUUGUAAUGUCGAACACAUGUAAGUACUUCUAUAUUGUAUAAAUUCAAAUGAAAAAUAUAGUAGAAAAAAAUAAUAAGAAAAAUAUUGGCAGAACGAAUAACGGAGUCAACAUUUAUUGAAUAAGUAAUUGCUUAAUAUAUAUAUACAAAUAAUAUUAACUUAGUAAUAAUAUUUAAAAGUAUUAAUGCUAUUCAAUGCUAUUAAUAAAUAAUGAAAUGACGAAAAAAAAAUAAUGAAUUAUUAAGUAAUUAGAUUAUGCUAUGAUAAGUGUCUGAUAGUUUAUUUGCAUAAAGACACUUUUAAAUCUGUGCAGUUAGAAGAAUUGACUCUCUGCGUGUGAUUAGAAUUUUUUGACCAUUUAAGAAAUUUCAAAUAAAAAACACAUUCAAAAUUGUAGACAUUAGCAAUGAAAAUAUAGGUAGUAAUUACCAAUGGAUAGAUCAUGGCCAAAGCAGCAUUAUUUUUUCACUAAUUUAUAUUGAGAAAGAAUGAAAAGGAAUGUAUGUAUUGUACAUAAAUCGCUAAGCAGAUAGAUGGUGGUGGAGUUAUUUCAUCAAAUAAUUCAUUAUUAUGAAAUGUAUUAUUAUUACAUUAUUAUGAAUCUGAUCUAUAUAUGUAUCUACAUACAUGCACUCUCAUGUGUGCACACACAAAGGAUACACAUACACGAAAGUGAAACAAUUUAUUAUAAUACUUCAAACUAUUACUGUGAAUUGUAUUUAUAUAUUGUACUUAAUUGUUCUAUAAUUAGUGUUACUAAUUGCUAUAUGCUAUAAUUUUCGUUAUAUUAUUGUUAUAAGAUUUUAUGUUUAUAUAAACUGAUCUUAUGACGGAGUAUAAACAAAACAGAUAUAAUCACAUGUAGAGAUAUGAGAAAGAAAAAAUACGUAGUUGCUUAUUUACAAAGAAUGCAAAAUUUCUUUGAUAAGAUAGCAAUUUAUUUAUAUAAAGCCUAAGAAAAUAAUUUAUCAACAAAAUCUUUUAUUUUACACUAACAUCUUUUUCUAUAUAAAAAAAUAUUAAAACUUCUACUACAUAUACGCAUACGCUUAAGGAUAUUUACUUAUGUUACUGUUUACGCAGGAUAUAUAUGUAUGUAUACAUGCUUUAUAUAUAUAUAUAUGCAAAAUGUUUUAUAUGUAUUAUAAAACAGUACUCUCUGUUCUUUCCGUACUAAGAAAGUUUAUGUUGCUUAACAAAUAAAAUAUAUUGAAAAUAUUCAUUUACCAUUAUAUAAAAUGUAAAAUAUUUUAACUAAUUCUAACAUAUUAAUUAUUUUGUACGGAAAACAUAACUAAAUAUAUUUAACUUAACAUCCUUUACACACACAGACACACACACACAUACACACGAUUCUGUAAAGGGUAUGAAUAUACUCGUAAUAUGAUUGAUCUGAGAAAUAUCAAGCGUGAUUGGCACUGUUAUAAACACAUGGUAUUUAAAACAUUUGCAAAAAAAUAUUUUAUUGUAAUGAAAACUUGUUAUAUAUCCAAAGAUUUUUUCUCAUAGUGUUAAUUAUAUAUCUCUGUAUUUGACUGUAUGUCUUGCAGCACAAUAAAAUUGUGAUGAUUCUACCUUGA